AUGCAAAUUAACCUGCAGAAUACAUUUAUCUCUUUGACAUAUGCCGGAUUCGGCUUAGCGUCCUUCGGGCUGCAGCGCCUCCUGAUGAGGCUGUGCAUGAUACCUAAGGCUGGUACCCCCGUGUUCUGCUUACGAGUGUUUGCAUCGGAGAUCUUAGUGAUACGAGUUCAGAUAUUGAUCAUAAAGAGUUCUGAAAUGACACAGUUGACCUUCAAGACCAAAACCGUAGGGUGGAAGGACGGGUUUGCGGGAGAAUGGCAUCUGAACAACAUCCUUCUUCAGAAUAACAAUGGCCCAUGCUUUAUCAUCUCGCUGAUCAACUCAAUGGUGAUUUCUUCGGAACUGCGUUCAGUGAGUCAGUCAUGGACCACUGUGACGAAAUCCAAGUCAAAGACACAGUUAUCACCUCCAGAGGACAAUUUGGAUCUUUUGAGCUCAGAUCCAAGCUUACUGGUUCCAUUAAAGAGCCUGCUAUCUAAUAGAGAAGUGACUUUGGAAUCCCUAUUGAGCCAUCUUACCAAUUUGCUACUGGUUUUCUCUGAAAAUGGUCUAGAUCCAGAAGAUUUGACUGGAAUGCUCAACACGUUUCCUCUUCUUCAUACGGGAUUGAACACGGAUGUGAAUUUCAGUUCGUGUAUCAUUUCGUCUACGCAGUCUGAUGUGGAGGCCCAGGUUUUCAAGAUGCUGGAACUGUUUGGAACUAGUAUGGUACAUGGCUGGAUUGUGGAUCCUGAUUCGGACGACAGACAUCAGUAUGAGCUGGUGAAAAAACUGGGUCAUUUCGAGAAGUGUCAGUUGUUUCUAGUGAACCAGCUUGAUGAGAUACAGAACUCUUUACCGGACUCCUUGAGGGCCAAGCUGAAGGUAUCGCAGGUGGAGUCCUUCACAUAUUCGGAUUGGUCUGAUGUGUUGAUUGGUCUUGAAAAUGAGGAAUUUGACGAAAGGUCUGAAUUGAUAGCUAAAAUCAAAGAUUUGAUCGCCGUAAAAAGGUUCCUUACUGACAAUCAGACCCAACUCACGGAGUAUGGCCUGAAACAACUGCAGACCUCUGAGAUGCUUCCAAACAAUUCGGUGUCUAUAUUUUUUAGAAACGACCACUUCAACACGAUGUACAAGCGUGAUGGAGCUUUAUAUCUGUUGCUGAUCGAUGAAGGGUAUGGCGAGCAGGACAGAUACGUCUGGGAAAGUCUGAGCUCGGUUUCAGGCGCUGACAACGAGCUCCUUGAUGGAAAUUUCGUGAAAGCUGAGACCACAGGCAAAUCAGACGAGCCUGCUUCAAACACGAUUGAAUACUCCGACUUCAUGUUCGACGAUAGUGAAUUGAACAGCCAGGCAGUUUCCGACCAGCAAUUUGCGAAGGAGUUGCAACGGAAAGAGGAUGAGAGGUACGCAAAACAACUUCAAAAGUCUUUUGAUGAAACGCCUGAGCCGAGAUCAGGUCGAGGAACCAAAAAGAGCAAAACCACUGCGGACUCAGCGAACGCGAACUCGAACACAAAAUCCGCCAAAAGCUCCGGUGAUUCGUGUAUGAUAGUAUGA